ACGGAAGAUGGUUUAUUAAAUGAUGGAUUCUUUGAUUAGUCUCUCGAGUGUGUGAGGCGUACUACGGGCGUAGGAACCGAACAACAGCGAAACCGCACACCCACAGCUCCGGUGGAACCAUGUACGCGUUAAUUAAGGCACGUAUCGCAAAGACCAUGGAAUAACGAAAUUGUGUGACAGAUGCUACUAGUGCUACUACUCUGGUACUGUGUCCGCUUGGAUGGACACUGCAUUCAGUGAAGCAUAGUGCGUAAAGCUAAACCUUUUUUUUGUUCCAAAUUAGAAGUGAGGAAAGAAUUUGCGACUUUUUUUCAUAAAGAAAAAAAACAUCAAUUAAAAGGGUGAGGUGUGAAUCUGUCAGUGCAACUUUAUGAUGCUGUAAUACUAACACCGUCACACGUAGCCAGAACGAGAGAUUAGGAUAAAAAAGUGUACAGACUACUUAGAUAAAAAAGCAUUACAAACCUGCAGAAAGUGAUACGAACACGUAAUAUUGGAAUCAACCAUGCCUCCGCUGAAUAACUGCAAUGGCAAUAAUUGCGGGGAUAUUAUUUGCUCCCUUUCGACGCAAUCACCACUUUCACCGACGGAUCUGUCCCAAGCAGUUGGGGCUGUGGCUGGCACUGCAGGUGGCAAUGGUAAACCACGGUUCAGCUGUCCACAUUACGCGCAGAAGAUGCUGCUUAAUCUGAACGCCCUUCGGCUUGAUUCACGGUUCUGUGAUGUUGAGAUCAAAGUUGGCGAUGCUACGUCCGUCCACGCCCAUCGGGCCGUACUGAGCGCAAGUUCCGCGUACUUUGAAGCCAUGUUUCGGCCAGAGCUGGGACUGAGCGAGGGCAAACAGAAGACCGUCACAUUGCACUCGAUACGAGCCGACAUUUUAGAGCUACUGGUCGAGUUCAUUUACACUGGACAAAUCGAAAUCGAGCAGAGCAACGUACAGGAACUGCUGGCUGCAGCCGACAUGUUGCAGGUGCCGGAGGUAGUUGACGGAUGUUGCGAAUACCUUUGCCGGGAACUACAUUCAUCGAACGCCCUUGGUAUACUGCGGUUCGCUGAGGCACACAAUUGCCGUCAACUUGCUGAAGUGGCAGCCAACUUCGUACACAGCAACUUCCCGAAGGUGGCCCUCGAGGACGAACUGCUUGACAUUCCGCACACGCUGCUUGUGAAAGUGAUUGCAUCCGAGGCCCUGCGCGUCGAUAGCGAGUAUCAGGUGUUCAAUGCCGCCCUGCGCUGGAUACGACACGAUGUGGUACUACGGCGCCAGUACGUGUUUGAGAUCCUGUCGCACGUACGCAUCGCACUGGUACCGGUCGGGUUGAUCGAUCAAGCCAUUUCCGAGUGUCGUGAUGUGUCGCUUAAAAUUGCAUUACGUUCGGUGCGCAAAGAUUUAACUUCCCGGCGAGGUCAGCUGGUACCGUUGCGCGUAUGUCCACGAGUUUGUGCGAAGAAAAGCAUUUACGUAAUUGGUGGCUCACGGCGCGAACAAUCGGCUGGCUGGACACCAACGGAUUGGAUCUUCGAGUCCGUUAUCAAAUAUGACAUCUUUAGGCGCGAAUGGAUAGAGUCGGCUCCGAUGGAAAUUGGACGCAUUCUGCCCGGGGUGGCAGCACUAGGCGGAAAGAUUUAUGUAAUUGGAGGUGAACGCGGCAGCCAGAUACUGGCAAAUGGGGAGGUGUACGAUACACAGAACAACAAUUGGGAACCGAUGGCACCAAUGAAUGUACCACGGUGCGAGUUCGGCCUGUGUACACUCGGUGGCACGCUGUAUGCAAUGGGUGGUUGGAUCGGAGAAGAUAUUGGCGGUUCGAUUGAAUGUUACGAUCCUAUGAAAAACGCAUGGCGUAUGGUAGGCGAUCUUCCGGAACCGAAGUUUAGUAUGGGUGUCGUAAGCUUUGAAGGAUUAAUAUACAUUGUCGGUGGCUGUAAUACUCAUUCGCGGUAUCUAACCGAUUUGAUAAGCUACAAUCCCGUCACGAACGAAUGGACAAAGCUUGCGCGCAUGCAAACGGCUCGCUGCCAGAUGGGGGUGGCCAUCUUGGAUCGGCAUCUGUACGUGGUCGGUGGUAACAGCAGCCAGCAGGAAGUGUUACGCACUGUCGAACGCUACAGUUUCGAUGAGGACAAGUGGUCCAUGGUAUCACCGAUGACGGUAAGGCGCUCGAGCCCAGCCGUGGCUGCUGCAGACGGAUUACUGUACGUAGCCGGUGGCGAUCAACCUUGCGAAAUCAACUUCUACCGGGCGCAGAUUACUAUUGCAUCGUUCGAGUGCUACGAUCCCAUUACUGACCAGUGGAAGGUUUGCCCCGAUUUACCAACCAGUCGUUCCGAGGCGGGUGCAGUUGUUGUCUAAAAGAAUGCAUUAUAGAGCUGUGGUUUUUUUUAUUUCCGUCUGCGCUAAUGCCAUCGCUAACCAAAGACGCGCUUAUAAAGCGCCGUGAAUCAAUAGCAAUUCGUCUAUCAAAAACCGGCGAUCCUCCCGUAACUACCAAAUACAUAUAUUUCCUGUUCCGCUUAUGCUUUUCUUUCCGGUGGUAGUUAUUAAAGUAAUCGACAUUCUAAAAGAAUUGCAAACAGUUCCCUAUUAAUGAAGGAACGUUUUAAACAUAUGUAUAAGUGUGCAUACCCGUUUAACUACACGAAAGGUAGACAAAAAAGUAUAAUAUUCUUCAUUUCAGUACGUUCCCAGCAUCAUCUACAGAAUGCCAACAAACGAAUUGUAAUACAAUGUGACGGCGUCUGUUUCAAUUCUCAUUUGUCAAUUUUUAAUGUUUCUUAAUAAAGUGUUUUGAUAAACGAUUGGUAAUGAUA